AUGAGUGUCCCAUGCACGCCUUUGGACCCAGAGAGCAGCAGUGAGGCCAGCAGCAGCUCCACCUCCAUCACCACCACCUCAGACUCUUCCAAACAUGCCGCUCCGCCAGCCCCGCCCCUGCCUCCGCCCCCGCCGCCCGGAGCCCCACCCCCUCCACCGUUCCUGGGCAACCAAGUCGGCCGGAAGAAGCGGCGCGUGCGGAGCUUUUUCUGGAAGCCCAUCCCAGAGGAGAAGGUGCGGGGGAAACCCAACAUCUGGACCAUGGCGGUGCAGCAGCAGCAGUUCCACAUCGACGUGCGCUCGGUGGAGGAGCUGUUUGGCCAGCAGGAGGCAACAGAGAGCAGGGGGCUGACCACCACCCCCGGGGCCUCCACACAGGUGUCCAGGGUCCGAUCCUUCAAGGAGAGCACCAGAGAGGAGGUCAGCAUCCUGGACUCAAAGAGAGGGAUGAACGUGGGCAUCUUCCUCAAGCAGUUCAAGAAGUCUAAUCGCGCCAUUGUGGAGGACAUUCGCCGAGGGGAGGGUCAAACGUACGGUGCAGAGCUGCUCAAAGACCUGCUGAAACUGCUUCCGGAUGCAGACGAGGUGAAGAAGCUCCAGUCAUUCAAAGGUGACCCGGACAAGCUGGCACUGGUGGACUCCUUUAUGUACCUGCUGAUCCAGGUGCCGCGGUUCGAGCUGCGGAUCGAGGCCAUGGUUUUGCGUGAAGAGUUCUUUCCGUCCUGUGCAGUGAUGAGCAACGAGAUCAACAUCAUCCAUGUGGCCACUAAAGAGCUUAUGGGCUGUGUGGAGCUUCAUGCCAUUCUCCAUCUGGUGCUGCAGGCCGGGAACAUCAUGAACGCUGGUGGAUACGCUGGGAACGCCGUGGGAUUCAAACUGUCCUCUCUGCUCUCGUUAGCAGACACCAAAGCUAACAAGCCCGGCAUGAACCUGCUGCAUUUUGUGGCUCUGGAGGCAAAGAAGAAAGAUGAGAAUCUGCUCAGGUUUCCAGAGAAGCUCCAGGACGUCCAGAGUGCAGCCAGGAUCUCGGUGGAGAACAUAGAGACAGAGUUCUCCUCUCUGUACGUCCGCAUCAGAACUCUGGAGGAGAAGGUUCAGGGAGACCAGGAUCUCCAGCAGCAGCUCCAGCCCUUUCUCAAGAGUGCGGCCCAGACUCUGCAGGAUCUGAAGAAGAGGAGACUGGAGCUGCGUAAAGAGGGAAACGGCCUCAUCGACUUCUUCUGCGAGGACAAGGACACGUUCAAACUGGACGAGUGCUUCAGGAUCUUCCAGGACUUCUGCCACAAGUUUAAGAAGGCAGUCAAGGACAACACAGAGCGCGAGCUGAAGGAGGCGGCUCGUCAGCGCCGCCUGCGGGAGCUGGAGGAGCGUCGCAGCGCCUGGUCCGGUCCUGACCAGAGCGGAGGCUUCGGACGCAGCAGCAGCGAGACCGAUGUGGAUAUGCUGACCAAGGACGGCCUAUUGGAGUUCUUACACCGCUCCCAGAGCCCUCACAACCCCCUGAGCCGCUCCACCAGUGCCCGUCGCCACCGCCACACCAUGACCAGCAUAGCAGACCGGCAGCUGCAAGGCUACAUGGACGUCUUUGUGCGCAAUGACAACGACUGUUCUAAGUUCAACAGCCUACCGCGCUCAGGGAGACCUCACCAGAGAAGAACCGCUCCAUGGAUGCCAGCCCAAGAUGACAACCGAGAGCUGGGCUGGGACAGACGCACAGACACAGAGCCAGUUAGCCCGCUUGCUAGGUGUUCCACCUCCGGGCUAAAUGACAACACAGACUUUUACAGUAACAAUAAUCAGUACUCCUCUGUGUCGGAGGGCAGCGCCUUGCCACGGCCAUUUUGUGUCUUUCCAAAUGCCGCACAAGUCCCCAACACAAAUGUUUCCGGACUGAUGAACGUGAGUGUAGAGAAACACACUUUAGUCCAGGGGCCGCGGUCGUUUGAGCUGCCCAGCCCCAACGACAACAGCAACCAAAUGCCCUUUGUAAGACCAGAGGAUAGAGUUGUGACCACCUUUGAACGUGACAAUCCUGAAGUGUAUGUGGACUCCGGAGAUAAAACCAUCCAAAAACCCCCAACGGCAGCUAUGGAAGAGGAGUCCCAUCCUCUUCAAAAAUCUGGAUCGUUUGCAAAGGAAAACGAGGAGUUUGACAGUACGAUUUCAUCUACAACGUGUGACACAAACCUUCCCCUGGACCCCUCUGUAUCCAACAAGACGCCCGCGUUUUACAUUAUAGACUGCACCGAAACAGACUGCUCAGUUACACUGGAUUACUCUGAAACAGACCUAUUCAGAACAGGCAAAAACCAAGAACAAAAUCCCAGUUCUGUGUCGUCAAACCUAGAAUCUCCAAAUGAGCUGUCAACUAGCGACACCUCUGCACCAAACCGUGUGGAUUUCGAUGCUAGCUUUGUUAGCCAAACAGAGGAGUGGGACACGGAAAGUGCAGAAACAGCAGAGGGCAAGCAAGGCACCGAGAAAGAAACACAAAUAGCCAGUAAGAAGCAAGCUAAAGGUAAAGUUGCUAAAUCUAGCAAGAAUAGCGCAGCUGGCCGUGGUGUCCGAACGCUAACUAGCAAUGAAACUCAGGGUAUGAGGAGAGUGGUGCCGAUUAGCAAGCAAACAAGAUCUGGAAGCAGCAGAAGAGCAGAUAGACAAACAGAAAAUACAGAAACGCGCAGAACGCUGAGAGAUCAAAGCACGCCAGCGAGAGGCCGGAGUGAGAAGGCUACGAGAACACCGCGGCACUCUAGCAUGCCGCCUGACGAGUCCAAAGCUCAAAGAGGUCUUACCGGAUCUGCGUCACGAUGGACCAGAGAGUCCACACCCAGGAAAGCUAACACCCACAAACCAAGUGCUAAACCGCUGCGCAAUAUUCCCAAACCGGAAGAAAAAAUGUGUAGGUCAACAAUGAGAGCGUUAGCACAAGCUCAACCACAAGCUAAUUCUGAAAACUAUAGCCCAAACACAGCUAAGAGUGUGUCGGAAGUACCAAGUUUUGCACGGAACACAGUGGCAUUUUCUUCGAGGAGCAAGAAGGAGCCCUCAACACCAUCCCGUACGCCAUCUGUUCUAGCAAAACAGGCUAAACAGAACAAGCCCACAUCCUCAGAGGAGCGCCCCCAAGCUGCAGGACUGAGAAGAGUGCAAAGUGUGAAAGCAGCCAGUCGUAGCUCAUACCGAAGUGAGACCCCGCCCCCUCCAGCUUCACGAGAGGACCAGCGCAAGGCGAGUAGUUUUUCAGAAAAGUCCAUUGCAACCAAAGACUUGGUGACCGGCCGCAGCCCGAAACCCAGCUGGAAGUGA